AUGGAUGAUUUUUUUGUCCAGCGAGAAACUCUAUACCAGGUGUUGUCCAGGCGGAAAAAGGAGGAUGACAUACUUGUCGACCAACCAAACAAGAAGAAAUUGGCCAGGGUCCUCAAUCUAAUGGACCUAACGGCACUUGGCGUUGGGUCUACAUUGGGCGUGGGUGUUUACGUGCUAGCCGGAAAUGUCGCCAGAAUAGAAGCCGGGCCAGCCGUUGUGCUGUCAUUCGUUUUGGCUGCCUUUGCGUCAGCUUUCGCAGGCCUGUGUUACGCCGAAUUCGCAGCGCGAGUGCCAAGAGCCGGGUCGGCCUAUGUUUACAGUUACGUCGGAGUUGGCGAAUUCGUCGCGUUCGUGAUCGGGUGGAAUCUGAUACUCGAAUACGUCAUCGGUACUGCAAGCGUCGCCAAAGCUUUCAGCAAUUACAUCGAUGCGCUGCUUGACUAUCCCGUGAAAACAACGAUGACCUAUCUCUUCCCCAUGAACGUCAGCUUUUUGGCCGACUACCCAGACGUUUUGUCGUUCAGUCUCGUGUUACUAUUAUCGAUUAUACUGUCGUGGGGAGUUCGAGAAUCCACAAUGAUCAACAACGUUUUUACGGUGGUUAAUUUAUUGACUGUGGUCACGGUUGUUGCAACCGGAUUGUUCAAAGUUAAUUUGCACAAUUGGAGUAUACCGAAACAAGACAUCCCGAAGAGCGCGAAGGGCGGCGAAGGUGGUUUCAUGCCUUUCGGAUGGGCCGGAGUGACCGCGGGGGCGGCCAAAUGUUUUUACGGGUUCAUUGGUUUCGACAGUGUAGCUACUACAGGAGAAGAAGCAAAAAACCCAAAACGUGACAUCCCAUUGGCUAUCAUAUUGUCGUUAACCAUCAUAACUUUUGCAUAUUGCUGUAUCAGUUCAGUUUUAACUCUAAUGUGGCCGUAUUAUGAUCAGGACAUCGACGCGCCGUUCCCGUACGUCUACGAUCAUCUUGGUUGGACGACGUUGAAAUUGAUUGUUUCAUCCGGCGCUAUAUUUGCUAUGUUUGCCAGUCUCUUAGCAAGCAUGUUCUCGAUGCCGAGGAUUCUGAUGACCAUGGCAGAAGACGGUCUCAUGUUCAGCAUGUUCUCGAUCAUUCACCCGAAGUUUAAAACACCUCUAUUGGCCACUCUGUUGUCGGGUUUAUUCGCGGGUAUUGUGACAGCGCUCUUGAACCUCGAACAGCUGAUGAACAUGAUGUCGAUCGGGACGUUGUUGGCUUACACGAUAGUGUGCAUCUGUGUGCUGGUGUUAAGGUACAAAAACGAUUCAGAAGUCGACGAGUCUGUGGACAAGCAGGGAAACGACAAACCGGAGUCCAGCGGAUUUGUAAAGGCGGUUGGAAAGUACUUUAAUCUGUCCAACGUCAAAAACGCCAACGAAGACACUCAGAUCGUGGCCACGACCAUUAUCAUAUUGUACAUUUGCACGUCGGCGCUGUUUAGCUUCAUAACUGUACAACAACAGUGUGUCACGACCGUCCAUCAGUGGUGCAACGAAAGCGACAGCAACAGUACGACUUUUCAAUCGGAUUGCGUAAAAAACACCAGCCACGACAAACCUUUCGAACAAGAGUGUGUUGAACACAGCAUCGCUAAGUACACUAGCAUCGUUUUAGCAAUCGGAUUGUUGCUUUUGUUACUGUUACUCACUAGACAGCCCCAAUCGAAUAAAAAACUUUCUUUCAAGGUUCCGUUGGUUCCGCUCAUACCAUGCAUUAGCAUCUUGAUGAACAUUUAUUUGAUGAUGAAACUCGACGUGAUCACCUGGAUUCGUUUUAGUAUUUGGUUACUGAUCGGACUGUGCGUGUACGGACUAUACGGCAUGAAAAACAGUGCUGAAGGCUUGAAACAGAGAGGGGAGACGAAAAAAAGCCAGUUGAGUUCUGCCGAACCGGUACAUAAUCAGAUUUCUGCCAUGAAUUUAUAA